UCUGUGUUUAUUUUGUGCAUUUCUUUCUUCCUCCGCCUUCGGCCCUGCGGCGGCGACGCACUGUCGAUCACCCUUUUCCGAGCGCUAUUUGCCUCUGAAGAAAUGUUUCUGAGACGAGUAUUUGGAAGGACUCUGUUUGCCGCGGCCAAAUCGGAGGCUUCAGCUGCUCCGGCGGGAGCUGCAGCUGCAGCUUCUUCUACAGCUCCGCGUAAUCCACUUGAGGAGUUCUUUGAGGCUGAUAGAAAUCCAGAGAACAAGAAGCGUGUGAUCUAUGGUAGGAGUUGGAAGGCAUCGGAACUACGCCUCAAAUCUUGGGAUGACCUCCAGAAGCUGUGGUAUGUUCUGCUAAAGGAGAAGAACAUGUUGAUGACUCAGCGUCAGAUGCUGCAGGCUCAAAACCUUCGGUUUCCUAACCCUGAACGAAUUCCCAAGGUGCGAAAGUCAAUGUGUCGGAUCAAACAUGUGCUCACCGAGCGAGCCAUUGAAGAACCCGACCCUAGGAGGUCCGCGGAAAUGAAAAGGAUGAUCAAUGCCUUGUAAGUUCCUCCUUUCAUUUCAAUAUCUCCUCUUUUUCGCCGCCCCGUCGUCGCCGACCUCGUCAGAAAUUUAAAAAUUUAAAAAUUUAAAAAUUUUAGAUCUUGAGAAUUUACUACUUUCUUCAAAUUUCUACAUUGAUGCUGUGAUGAAUUUUAUCUGAUACUAUCAUUGAGCAUCUGCAGCUGGUAAUACUGUUACACUCAGGGUACAACCAUGGUUGCACAGGGUACAACCUGGGCUCAUUUUUCUUUACUUAUUGGGCUUGGGCCUAAUUUAUUUUGGGCCGAAAUAAAUUCGUACGGGUCUGUUAAAUUGUGUUUUAGGGUAUUUUGAAUUUUUAAAUAUAAUACUUAAU